AUGUCUUUCAACGGUUUCUUCAGCUGGUUCUCUUCCUCCAAGCAGGAGUCUUCCCGCGCCACUUGGCCUGUGAAUACUGCCGCUGUGCAGAUGCAGAACCAGCAGCCUACCAGUCCCAAUGCGCCCUCCACCGAGCGUGUCGUCUCCGAGCAGCCCAACUCCCAGGAAAAUAUGAUGAAGCUGCGUGGUGGUGGCGGUGGUGACAUCUGCUGUGGCCUGUGA